UUUGCUAGAGACUGGACUGGAUCUUGUCUGUUCUAGAAGUACAGAACUAACCUGUGCUGGUGCUGUGGUAGAAGAGGGGGUCCGGUUUUGGUCGGUCCGGAGGGGGAUGGACACCUUUCUGACCUCAUUUGGACUGAUGCUCACGUGUGUCCAGUGCUCAGCUCAGAGACUCUCUCCGACCGGGAAAAACGUCUGCCUCAGUGUCGGGGAUUCUUCUCCCAUAUGUUGUUCUGGAUGGGGCCAGAACGGUGAUGAAUGCACUGUCUCCCUCUGUGAGGGAGAAAGGGCCUGUCUGCAGGAUGAAGUGUGUGUUUAUCCUGGACUUUGUCGAUGUAAACCUGGAUUUUACGGGUACCAGUGCAAAACCCCUUGUCCUCCUGAAUUUUGGGGGCCGGAUUGUCGAGAGCUCUGUCCCUGUCACCCUCAUGGGCUCUGUGACCCAGUCACUGGUGAGUGCUUGUGCCUGCCCACCCGCUGGGGCAACCUGUGCCAAAACAGCUGCAAAUGUGGACGUCAUGGGAAAUGUGACCCUGUCUAUGGCAACUGCACCUGUGAGGAGGGCUGGUGGACGUCCACUUGCUCCAAAGCCUGUCAGUGCCACCUUGCCACAUCCACUUGUGACAAAGCCACGGGACGCUGCCUGUGUGACGAAGGCUACUGGGGCCAAAAGUGCAGCCUGCACUGCAACUGCUAUGUGUCCCCUUGCCAGCAGCGCACAGGGUCCUGUCAGUGCCUGCAUGGCUGGUGGGGUCCGUCCUGUGAUCGCCGUUGCAUUUGUAAUCUCAGCAAUGCCGACUGUGAUGUGCAAACUGGAUUUGGGCUUCUCCUUCUCUACAGAUGUGACAAACCCUGCACAGAUGGUACAUACGGAGACGGCUGUCGUUUCCUGUGUAAAACCUGCCAUCAUGGCCACUGUGACCAUGUGACAGGAAGUUGCAUUUGUCUUCCUGGCUUCCAGGGUGAGAGCUGUAACAGCACAUGUCCUCCUAACCUAUAUGGCAUCAACUGCUCCGUGGCAUGCGACUGUGGGAAUCAUGCCUGCCAUCCAGCCACAGGAGCUUGUCCAAACAGUAGCAGGGCAGGUCUCUUAGCAGGGCUUUUGAUUCCCUUGUGCAUUUUAAUUCUUGCCUUGUUGUUCUGCUGCUGCUGUUGUGGGCGGCCCGUCGAAGGGAAGGAAGGAGUAGCGGUUGGAGAUGGCAGUCCUGCGGUUCGCAUGAAGCAUCAUGUUUAUACUGUGCUGGCCAACAUGGGUUCGGCAAUGCCGUGCAUUACUCUUUGGUCGUCUGGUUUGCCUAGGGUUACAGUCUCUCAUCAUGAUCCUGAGCUCACAUUUAACCACAGCUUCAUUGAGCAGCCAUCGUCCAGCUGGGUGACUGAUUCAUUUGAAACUGAUGAUGAAGGAGAGGCCAUCUACUGUGAACCACCCAGGGAAGAUGUUCUUACUGUGGCCGGUGGAGAGCUUCAGGAGCUGAGCUCUAAGUGUAACUUCUUCCCUGACCCAUCAACCUUCAGCAGUGACGACAUGUCACAGGAUUUUGGUAUCCCUCGUACCUCCAGCAUUGCCAAAUCCAAACGUCCUUCAGUCUCUUUUGCAGAGGGCACAAAGUUCAGUCCUAAAGAGCGCCGUAGCUCGACUCAAGACCUGCCUGGUACAAGUCGGAAACCCAAGGCCUGGGGCGUGCUGAUGAUCUCUGCCCUGCAAGGAGGACAGGGAGACCACAGUGAAACAGAAACAGAAAAAGAAGAGAAAAACCAUGAGGAGACCAUCUCCUCUGAGGAGCAAGCAUCUGCAUCUGAAACAACACAAACUGACUCAGAAAGAUACAGUUCUGGCCCACUAAGAACUCACCUCACUGUGCCCAGUGGGAGACAACGUACACUUUCCAAUACCAGGAAAAAUGCCCAACCGUCUGAUAGCGGCCAGGAUACAGAUUCAGAGAAGUUAACAACUGUAUAUGUAACUGUGGGUAAGACCCAAAAGAUGGCCAAGCAAGAGCCCCCCUCAGAAGGGCCUGUUCAGGCGAUGCUGCGCAGACUGGGCAGCCUACAGAGACAAAGAGAGGAGGCCGCCCAGCCCAAAGGAAGGGGGCAGGCGAUCGCCAAGCCACCGCGGAGGAAACUGGCAGUGCGGGCCAGUGCGUGGGAGCAAGCUACAGGGUCAAACCAGUCAGAGGUGGUCAUGAGGAAACCUAGUCGCAGGAAGCUCAACUCCCUCAGCUCUCCCUGCACAGUGGGGGCAACAGACUUUCCUCAGGAGAACUGCACCCCCAAGAGGCCGUUGUCCUCCAUUUUAAAAAGUGUUCCAGAGAGUGAUACACGCCAUAGUUUGGAGGUAGAACAAGACACUGGAGUAGUUUGUGAGCCAGACACUCUGACAGAGCACACUUACGAGACUGUGGCUCCAUCUGAUGGGGUCUCCACAUCUUCAGAGAUUAUUAUUAAUGAGACCGUUGUGGACCAAGCAGAAAAUGAGCCAAAUUAUGAGAAUGUUUAUGUAAAGCAUUCAUAAUAUUCCUGAAUCUUAACGUUUAUGAUUUAA